AUGGAUUCAAAACACUUCAUCUUCCUAUUCACCAAUUUUUUGCAACGAGCUUUCUGUUCGAUGCGGCGGAGCCGAGAGCGAACGACAAAGCCGCUUGUAGUCAGUUUGGCUCUAUCUGGUGAAAUGCAAGGUUGGCAUAUAGUUACUGGAGUAAUGCCGCUUGACACAAUCUACAAAGACGCGCAGUUGAUGAGCUUCAUGGGCCGUGCUUUUGAAAGAGCGGCGGAGCAAGCUAGUUUGGAUAUCCGCCGAGAUAAUUUUGACCCAAAUGUUAUAUAUAUCCGAUCUGAAGAUCGAUCUCGUUUCUUCGACUUACUCCAAGCUGUGAUGGAAAUCGAGACGUAG